GAUCGUAACCGAGGGGAUCAAGUGCAAGUACUUACUAAUCGUCUUUUAUUUAAGAGCCCCGACAUGCGUUGUUAUUCAUACCAGUCCUGCCAGUGGAACCCUCUUGAUGUCGGGCUCUCUUCCAGGACCACCCUCCCAUACUAUCACUCACGUACCAGACCAAGGUGAUACAAAUGGUCAUCAUCUUCCCAAACGCGCCAGCAGCGAAGCCGGGUCUGUCAUCUCAGACGACAAAGUCAAGGAUAACAAAGAACAUGAUUGGGAACACGACCCAGUGAACCCCAGGAAUUGGUCUCCAGCGAAAAAAUGGAUAGCGGUUACACUCGUCUCGCUGUAUACCUUUGUCACCCCAUUAGCUAGUUCUAUCAUGGCACCUGGUUUGCCUGAUGUGGCCACAAAAUUUGGCAUAACCGAUCCAACAGUCAUAGCGUUGACUCUGAGUAUCUUCCUUCUGUCGUUUGCCAUUGGUCCUUUAUUUGCAGGACCCUUGUCGGAAGUGUAUGGUCGUGUAUGGGUGCUCCAUCUAGGGAACCUGUUCUUCCUCGCAUUUAAUCUUGGCUGCGCUUUGUCACCCAACACUGUAUCUUUGCUUGUUUUCCGGUUUCUAGCUGGAUUUGCAGCGAGUCCACCCAUAGCAUGCGGCCCAGGUGUUGUUAGCGACCUCUUCGAGGAACGCGAGCGUGCCUCGGCUAUGGCACUAUUCAGCAUAGGACCUUUGAUAGGUCCCGCUAUCGGGCCUGCCAUAGGAGGUUUCAUCGCAGAGUCAGUCGGUGUGGAGUAUGUUUUCUAUGUCAUCGUCGCGAUCUCCGGUAUCGCCGCAAUCCUUGCGAUCCCUCUCUUGCGAGAAUCCUAUGCACCAGUUAUCAGGCUUCGUCGUGAUGCAAUGGCGUCGGAUCCCGAGAAGGCAGCCACAGGACAUCCUGCCCUCCCACACCAGAUGGGUAAAUGGGCCUACUUAUGGCUCAACCUCAAGCGACCCGUAAUACUUUUCACCCGGAGUCUCAUAUGCUUCAUGCUGAGCUUGUACAUGGCUCUGAUGUACGGUAUCUAUUACUUGAUGUUUGCUACUUUCCCCGACCUCUUUUCGAACGUGUACCACUUCGACGUUGGAAUUGGAGGUCUGACGUACAUUGGAUUGGGCCUUGGAUUCGUGGCUUCCUCCGUAUUCGGCGCCAGACUUUCCGACAAGAUAUACAAUUACCUUGCUGCAAAGAACGGAGGGAAAGGUAAUCCAGAGAUGCGUGUACCUGCUCUGAUAUUCGGCUCGUUGUUUGUCCCAGUGGGACUAUUAUGGUAUGGCUGGUCUGCCCAAGCCAAGAUCCACUUCAUGAUGCCCAUCGUCGGUACCGCUAUCUUUGGAUUCGGAUUAAUGCUAACGUUCCUCCAUAUCCAACUAUACCUCGUGGAUACAUUUACUUAUGCUGCAAGCGCUAUCGCAGCUUCUUCUACAUUCCGUUCGCUUCUUGGUUUCGCAUUCCCACUGUUUGGACAACAAAUGUAUUCCGCUCUCGGCUAUGGCGGAGGAAAUUCGAUGCUUGCAGGUCUUGCUAUCAUGAUUGGUAUACCCUUCCCUAUCUGGAUCUAUUACGCCGGCGACCGUCUCCGCGCAAAGAGUUCCUUGACUCGUUGACUUUUCUCUUUGAUCAAGGCCUCUUAUGAUCAUGACAGUAUGGUAACACCUUCCAGAACGAACUACGACCAUCAUGACUGCCUUAACUCACUACGUCGAUAAACAAAUGUGGACAAUCCAAUUGUCGAUGGGUCCUUUUCAUACGAAAUCGAAAUUUUGGUCAUUACAAACGCAACAACUUCUUGAUGAAGAGCUAUUGUAUCUUUUCUACGUACAUGGAACCACCUACCAAUUGAAUUACAAAGGUGUCAUUAAAAGGUUUGAGAAAAUAUGUGUAUGUGCAACAACACAAGC